GAAAACAUCAGUCCACAUACAUCUGUUGGCAGCAGAACUCCAGGCAGGGUGUGGAUGGUUGUGUUCGGGUGGAGAAGCCAGAUAGAGGGUGAGGAUGCAGUUAAGUGUCCAAGUGUCCGGGGCUGAGGGAAGAGACUAGGGUGAGAGUUCUCCUUAGAUAAGAUUUCAAUAUGUUGAUCAUCCAUAGAAGAACAAUUUAAGAGAGGAUUUUCAAAAAAUUCAAAUAUAACACUACAACUUCUGCCACUGAACCAGAGCUUGUAGAAACUGCCUUAAUCAUAUCUUGGAGUGUGAAAGAAAGAGGUGCUUAACCUGAAUUCGUCACCUGAAUAAGAAAAAUGCGCUGUGAGCGAAACCGUGGGCUCAUCGCUGGGGCUGUCAUCGGUGCCAUUCUGGCUGUGUGUGGAGGUAUCUUAAAGCCAAUUGGAUACAGGAAUCUUGAGAACACAAUUAAAAAGGAAGUUGUCCUUGAAGAAGGUACACUGGCUUUUAAAAAUUGGGAUAAAGCAGGCACAGAAAUUUAUAGACAGUUGUGGAUAUUUGAUGUGCAAAAUCCACAGGAAGUGAUGGUGAAAAGCAGCAACAUUAAAGUGAAGCAAAGAGGUCCUUACACGUACAGAGUUCAUUACCUACCCAAGGAAAACAUAAUCCAGAACCCUGAGGACCACACAGUCUCUUAUGUGAAGCUCAAUGGUGCCAUCUUUGAACCUUCACUGUCAGUGGGAACAGAGAACGACACCUUCACAGUUCUCAAUCUGGCUGUAGCCGUUGCCCCUUAUAUCUAUCAAGAUGCCUCUGUUCAAGAGUCACUCAAUUCACUUAUCAAAGAGUCAAACUCUUCCAUGUUCCAAACCAGAACUUUAAAAGAAAUACUAUGGGGCUAUAAGGAUCCAUUUUUUAGUUUGAUUCCAAACCCUGUUUCUACCACACUUGGUGUGUAUUAUCCUUACAACAACACCGUAGAUGGAGUUUAUAAAGUUUUCAAUGGAAAAGAUAACAUAAGCAAAGUUGCCAUAAUUGACACUUUUAAUGGUAAAAAGAAUCUCCCCUAUUGGCGAAGUUAUUGUAGCAUGAUUAACGGUACAGAUGGAGCCUCAUUUCCACCAUUUAUUGAGAAGUCCCGGGUAUUGUAUAUCUUUUCCUCUGCCCUUUGCAGGUCCUUCUAUGUUGUAUUUGAAUCUGACGUUGAUCUGAAAGGAAUCCCUGUGUAUAGAUUCAUUCCUCCAUCCAAGACCUUUGCAUCUCCCACUGAAAACCCAGACAACCAUUGCUUCUACAAUAUCUCAAAUAAUUCUGCAUUUUAUGGUAUCCUAGAUGUCAGCCAAUGCAGAGGAAUACCUGUGUACAUUUCACGUCCCCAUUUUCUACAUGCAAGUCCUGAUGUUUCAGAACCUAUUGAAGGCUUAAAUCCAAAUGAAGAAGAACAUGGGACAUACUUGGAUGUUGAACCUAUAACUGGAUUCACUUUACGAUUUUCGAAACGGAUGCAGGUCAACAUACUGGUCAAGCCAGUACAAACAAUUGAAGCACUAAAGGGUCUGAAGAAGAACUAUGUUGUGCCUAUUUUCUGGCUUAAUGAGACUGGGACCAUUGGUGAUGAGAAGGCAGAAAUGUUCAAACAUCAAGUGACUGGAAAAAUCAAGCUCCUUAGCCUUUUACAAAUAAGCUUUGUCAGUAUUGGUGUGAUGAUGUUUGGUGCUUUUAUUUUAUGUUAUGUAUGCAGAUAA